AACAAAGCGAUGAGCAUUCCUUUCAUCAACAGCAUUUCGGGUUCCGGUACCGCACCUCCCCAUACUCACUCGCACGAAGCGGGAGGGCCUACUCAUUCCCAUUCACAUGACGGAGUUGGUGAUCAUGGCCAUACUCAUGAACAGAUGGAUAAUCCAGGCAAGUUCUCGGAGCGGGAUAUGCCCGACUACUCUUCUCGAAACUUCGAAGAACGCGGGUUCACUAUUGGUAUUGGGGGGCCGGUCGGAUCUGGGAAAACCGCGCUUACGCUCGCUCUCUGUCAAGAACUCCGGGCGAAGUACAACAUCGCGACGGUGACUAACGAUAUAUUCACGCGGGAGGAUCAAGAAUUCUUGAUUCGCAACAAGGCGCUGCCCACGGAGCGCAUCCUCGCAAUCGAGACCGGAGGAUGCCCCCAUGCUGCCAUUCGUGAGGAUAUCAGUGCGAACAUGGGAGCUCUGGAAAUACUGCAGGCGAAAUUCGGUUGUCAGUUACUUCUGGUAGAGUCGGGUGGAGAUAAUCUCGCGGCCAAUUAUUCCCGCGAGCUCGCAGACUAUAUCAUCUAUGUCAUCGAUGUGGCGGGUGGAGAUAAAAUUCCGCGAAAGGGUGGUCCAGGCAUUUCGCAAUCAGACCUGCUGGUCAUCAACAAGAUCGAUUUGGCACCCCAUGUUGGUGCCUCGCUCGAGGUGAUGGAUCGAGAUGCGAAAUUGAUGAGGGGAGACGGUCCCACCAUCUUCACUAGUGUAAAACAAGGACAAGGGGUGUCAGAUGUCGUUGAGCUCAUCCUCGCAGCAUGGCGCACGGCUGGUUCGCCUGGCACUCCCGGCCCAGUGACCGAUGUAUAAGCAACAUGAACUGCGAUGAAAGCAGGCAACUGGUUCAAGAAUCAGAUUAUUUGCCUGAUGUCGCGCCUGAAGUGCAUAUAUUCAGGCAAGAAAGAAACAUGUAUGUAUAAUAAAGACAGUGAGGGUCCAUGAUUUACAAAGUUAAUGCCGGGACAUGCUGAACUGGACAUGUCCCGGACAACAAC